GCCGGACGCGUCGGGCGGAGCCGGGCGCGGAGGCGGCCAAGGGGGCCGGCGCCGGACUCUGGGUUCGACCUGUGGGCUAUCCGAGUGCUGGCCCAGCGGCGGUCCCAAGCGCCCCGGCCUGCACGCGCCCGCAGCUCUGGGAUCUCAGGCCCGAGGCUCAGGCGGCGGCGGGAUUCCAGAGGGCGCGGGCGCCCCGUGUGCGGAGCGGGCGGGGGUGCCGGGGCGCCAUGUCCAUGGAGGACCCCUUCUUUGUGGUGAAAGGAGAGGUACAGAAGGCAGUCAACACUGCCCAGGGAUUGUUCCAGAGAUGGACAGAGCUCCUCCAAGACCCAUCUGCAGCAACACGGGAAGAAAUCGACUGGACUACCAACGAGUUAAGAAACAACCUUCGGAGUAUAGAGUGGGAUCUCGAGGACCUUGAUGAAACCAUCAGCAUAGUUGAAGCAAAUCCUAGAAAAUUCAACCUUGAUGCAACUGAAUUGAGUAUAAGGAAAGCCUUCAUCACAAGUACACGGCAAGUUGUCAGGUUUUGUUUUCUGAUUUCUAUUUAUCAGGACAUGAAAGAUCAGAUGUCCACUUCAUCUGUGCAGGCAUUGGCUGAAAGGAAAAACAGGCAGGCCCUGUUGGGGGACAGUGGAGGUCAGAGCUGGAGCACUGGAACUUCAGAUAAAUACAGCCGCCUGGGCCGAGAGCUCCAGCUUGCCAACUCCCAUUUCAUUGAGGAGCAGCAGGCCCAGCAACAGCUGAUUGUGCAGCAGCAGGACGAGCAGUUGGAGCUGGUCUCUGGCAGCAUUGGGGUGCUGAAGAACAUGUCCCAGCGCAUUGGAGGGGAACUGGAAGAGCAGGCCGUUAUGUUGGAUGACUUCUCUCAUGAAUUAGAGAGCACUCAGUCUCGACUGGACAAUGUGAUGAAGAAACUUGCAAAAGUGUCUCACAUGACCAGUGGUCAGAGAAGGAACCAGCAUAGGACCCUCUACAUGUGCCCUCUACUUGGGGUGAAUUUUAUGUACUUUCCCACAAAGAGGAGGUGGUAGUUGCUUAGUAAGGGAAGUGACUUCCUUUGUAAUUUGCAAAGUCCUGUUUUGCUUAUGUAUUUAUUUCCCAUUUCCUCACUAAAAUAGAGCGCAUAUUUUUAAAUAGUAAUCAAAAAGUCAGUUGUUUCUCUUGGACCUGCUUUUGUGAAAGAAAAGGUUCUACUAUUUCAGUAUAACAUGGCUUUGCAGAUUGAAUUUAAAUUCAGUGAUAAAUUCCAGCAAAUGUACACCAGAAUGGGGAUAAAGAAUAAUAGCUUUCUUUUUUAAUAUCUAUUUAUUUAUUUAUUGGAUAGAGACAGUUAGAAAUUGAGAGGGAAGGGGGAAACAGAGAGGGAGAGAAAGAGACACACACAGCACUGCUUUAUCACUUGCAAAGCUUUAACUCUGCAGGUAGGGGCUGGGGGCUCAAACCAAGAAUAAUAGUUUUCCUUCUAGUUACCAUAUAAGAAGAUAUAUAGUGACUUUUUCAGCUACAAUAACCCAGCUCCCUGACUAUAUAAGCAAGUGUCUAUUUUAAGUCAAAGACUUUCUUGAUUUGUGAGUGGUGAUUGAAGGAAGCAAUUGAAAUACCCCUUGGAAGUCAGUUGCAUGUUUGUUUGUUUGUUUUUAAUACUUAUUUUCACUUUGUUGCCCUUGUUUUAUUGCUAUAGUUAUUGAUGUCAUCGUUGUUGGAUAGGACAAAGAGAAAUGGAGAGAGGAGGGGAAGAUGGGGA